GAAGCCGCGCUGCUGAGCACGACGUCGUUCGGCACGAUCGGUCUGAGCGUUGGAUUGCCUCUGCUGCUGUACGGGUUCUGCGCGUACUUUUCGUUCCUGCCGGGGGCGGACAUCUCGGCGUUGAUGUUGAUUUACGGCUUUCCGAUUUCGCUCAUCGGCUUCGCGCUGAAGUACGCCGAGUUGGAACCGUUGAAGCUCGUGACGUACGAGGACGCUUUGAAAGUGCGGGAGGAACAAACGACGCCGAUCUUGACUCAAGUGCGAGGGGACGUGACGCGAUACAGAUACGGAGAUGAGCAACAUUUGGAGGAGGCGCUGAAGAUUAUUUUCCGCUUCAACCGACCGGGCGGUUUGCGAAGAAACCAAGCCCCCGAGCUCGUGGGGUUGUCCGAACAGAUCAUCAACGAUCGUUACGCGUUGUGCCUCGAGUUCGAUUCGCCCAAGAUGGACUUCACCGAGUGGACCGAUCGCGUGAGCAAGAUUACGACGUUUUUCGGUCCGGGCGUCAUCGCCGCGGCGACGCGCAUCGACGGCGACGAGCACAAGGUUGAGAUCGCGUUGAUCACCACC